AUGAAUAACUUUAUUGAUUUCACCGUGCAACGCACUGAUUCGAGAAUGUAUGUCAUUGAGUGUCAUAACAUCCUUUACAAGUUUCGAUUGGUUGUGUCUCACAAGAAGCAAAGCGACUCUUGGGAGAUAGCUUCUAUAGACCCACCUUACAGUUGCAUUGUCACUAAUGUUCUACAAGAUUACCGUAAAUUAAGCGUUGCAUUGAUAUGUCAAGACAUUUUGCCGCUUGUUAAGAAAGAUCCAUCAGUGAAGUUGAUUACUCAAGCUGCUUCUAGCUCAACAUUCAUUUUUUGCUUUUGUAAUUUGAUCAUAGUCAUUAUUUUAUUGGAUUUGAAGCCAAGUCUAAAUGUUCAUCAAAAGAGUGAAAUUCAUCUUUCAAUAUGUGAAAGUGAAACUCAAAAGCAAGAAAUCAAUUCCAAGAAUAUAGAAUCAUUGACACAAGAGAAAGAAGUUCCGCGCGUCGUCAUCGAUGUUGAAGCUAAAGAAGAGGAGGAAGAAGAAGAAGUUGAGAUUGAAAUUGAAAACAAUGAUGAUGUUGAAAUUGAAAACAAUGAUGAUGAGUUGAGAAAAAGAGUGGAAGAGUUUAUUGAGAAAGUUAACAAAAAAUGGAAAGAGGAAUGUUGAGCACAUCAACAUUAGUAUAUGGAAAAAGUAAUAAUGGGAUUUUGGCUAUAUGAAAAUGUUGUUAGAUUUUGUUGUAUUAUGAAGAUAGUUUUGUUCAUAGGUGCUACAUAAUUUCAAUGAAAAUUUGACUUGAAAAUAA